UUUCCCCAUUCCAAUUAAUCUCUUCCAUUCAUGCCUAAUCAAAAUUCUUCAACCGCCCCCACCACUUUCCAAGGAAAACACUGCACAGCUCCCAUUAAUAUUUGAAUUUCCACUCUCUGUCUCUCCCCCUUUCCAAUACUGCUCAUUAAUUCCCUCUUUCUCUUGCUUACCCAAAAAAAUAAAUCCCCCCUUUCCAUUUAGUUGUGACCAAUGGGAAACCCAACCAUCCUCCUUCCCCAAGAAGCCUUAUUCAUAUGUACCCUUUCUUCAACAAGCUUUAUUCACGUGUGACACAUUGGGAACCAAAGCUUUUAAACUUUUUCGGUGGUUACGUUCAUCUGCAUCUGCACAAAGUUUUGAAAUUUCAAAUUUGCUUUCUAUAUAUUGUUCUCUUUCUCACUACUAACUCAAAUUUCCGAGUCUGCUUCAUAGUUCUCAACUCCUCUGCACCGUCAUUCCUCGCCCAGCUUUCCACGUUGAGGAACUCGCGUCUCCUCUGCUCCCAACCCGAAUCAGAACAUGCGAUCCCCACCGCCACCGCUUCCUUCAGAUUGAUUCCAAGAUGCCCUCUGCUCUUUAACAAGAGGACCUUUCCCCAUUUUUGUCCUCAAGGAAGAGCACAAUGAAAUUGCCAGACUCAAGAAGCAAGCAGGGGAAGUUGAAUUGACUUGGGAAGACUACAAACGAAUGGAAUUUACUCACUGUCUAAGAUGCAGAUAGGGGAUACAUCAUUGAAUGAAGCAAGCUCCGGAUAUCCUCAGAUUCUCAUACUGAAUGAAGGCGAAGUGAUGCUGGAGUUUGUCAGGCAGUUUAAGGAUGAAUUAAAAGAGAAUUGGUUAUUGAUUGAUGAUGGGGGGUGUACCAACGUCGUUAAGUUUAACAUGAGUGUUGUUAGACCUAGAUUAACCCAUGGAUGAAAGCAGUUGAGAAAAGAUUAUUAUCUGCGAGGAACCUGCACUAUAUGGAUGCAUUUGAUUGAGGAUUGUGUUUUUAACAUGUAUAUUUUCAAUAGUGAAGGCAAGGAACUUGAUGUACCUGGCGCUCCUCUUAGAGAUAUUUACAAAUCAGAUGAUGAUGAUGAUGAUGAAUUUUAUAGUAAUCUUCGACAAAGCCUUUCUUCAAAAAGUUCUUUGCUUGAUCAUAUAGAGGGCGAUGGGUAUAUUUCUGCCCAAAGUAGUGGAGUUGUUGCAACAACUGGUCUAACAAAUGGUCAACAACUCGAUGUAGAAGGUGGUCAAGAAGUGCCUGAUGUUGUUGCUGCUGAUAAUGUCGUUGAUGGUGCAGAAAUAGAACCAGAAAUCAUUGAAAUUGAUGAUGGCUUAGUGGAUGGAGAUGUUAUAAUUCCUGUGGCGCCUAUCCCAGUUCCUGGCAUCGUUUUUUAGUGUAUUUUCACAUGCACUCUUACUACAUACUAUGCAAAAAAGAGUCAUUUGUAUGUCCCAAAGGAUGAUGCUGCGUAUCUUAUAGAAGCUGGCCUACACAAUUGGAUGUUCGUAGGUCCUAAAAGAAUCCCGUUUGAGUGUCGUAUCCUAAUCAGUUCCUGUCAUCGUUAUGCCAAAAUUGGAAGUGGAUGGAGGUUCUUCUGUGAAGCUAACCAGUUCUCCCCAUAUGACUAUUUACUAUUUCAAUUUACAAGCCCGGAAGAAGGAAUUGCAUACAUGAACUAUGGAGACCAGAUUGAUAUUUAGAUAGUAUUGUAAUUGUUGGUGUGUUUCAAUGAAUGGGUUAAAAUUGUAUGGGGUGUUUCUUCAUGUGCCAGAGAAAAAACAAUUUUCUAAUUUUGAUAGUAAUUCUUCCAAUCCUCCUAUCUACUGUCAUUGCUACGUCAUCAAAACAUCCUUCUCCAUCAAUAUUGAAGCCAAACAAAGGUGAAAAACAAAAACAAAUGAGGGCUCCAUCUAGAAUGAAAAAGGUUAAAAUAAUUAAAAAGUUGCCUACCCCUAUCCGUUCGGAAUCAAAGUGGUCGCGUUAUUUAAGAAAGAAAGCUUUGGAUACCAAGAGAGGAAGGUUUUCUCCCUCUAAUGGAACUGCAGAUGAAGCAGGGCCAUCUAAUGUGGCUUUAUGUGAACCUGGAGCAUUAAGCAGUGAUUCUGAAGAUGCUGAAUCAGAUGAGGAUUAUGUGGAACAUACGCAUGAAGUGAUUCCUGAAAUUCCAGCAAACAUUGUUGCUUUGCUUCAGAUAGCUGAAAAUACAGACGUUCUUGAUUUUGGAGCUCCAACCAGCGCUUGCUUUUACUGCGGAGCUUUCAUGUGGGCUUCUGAGAAAUCGGGGAAGAUAGAUUCUGAUGGGGCUGCAGCUUUUUCAUUGUGUUGUAUGAAGGGGAAGGUUGAUUUACCCUUAAUCCCUACGCCUCCUCCUCUACUUCUUGACUUGAUAACAGAUAAAGAACCAAGGGCGCAAAAUUUCAAGGAGAAUAUAAGAGCAUAUAAUAGCAUGUUUUCCUUUACGUCUAUGGGUGGGAAGGUUUUAACUGCUCUUAAUGACGGUGGAGGCCCCCCUCAAUUUGUAUUGAGUGGACAGAACUAUCACCGUAUGGGUUCUUUAAUUCCACGUCAGGGGCAACCUCCUAAGUUUGCUCAGUUGUAUAUUUAUGAUACACAGAAUGAGAAUUCUAAUAGAGUGAGGAAUCUAAGCUCUAAUGGGAGAGGACAGGGUCUUGACCUUUCUUUAGUGGAAGAUCUUAAGCAGAUGAUUGACAGACACAAUGUCCUAGCCAAAAUAUUUAGGCAGGUCCGAGAACGAUUGAACUCUGAUGAAUCAACCCAAUUAUCUAUCUGUCUGUUCAGAGCCCAGGGGAAAGAUCCUAGAACUUAUAAUAUGUCGUCAAUGGAUGAGGUUGCAGCCUUGAUUGUUGGGGACAUUGGGGAGUCAGACGUUGGCAGAGAUGUUGUAGUGAAAAUGAAUGAUGGAUAUCUUUCAAACAUACCUGAAACACAUACUGCUUUCAUUCCCUUGCACUAUCCACUUAUAUUUCCUUACGGUGAAGAUGGCUUCCGUGAAGAUAUUCCCAUUAGUGAGAUUUUUAGAAACAUGGGAAGCUACAAAAGAUGGAAAGUCUCUAUGAGGCAAUUCAUUUCAUUCCGCCUUCAAGACAGAAACAGUGAGUAUGGGAACAUUAUUUUUGCUAAGAGGUUGUUCCAACAGUUCGUCGUUGACGCAUAUACCAUGAUUGAAGCAAACCGUCUUUCAUAUAUUCGAUUUAAUCAGAAAACCAUAAGAGCAGAUUAUUUAAAUGGGGUUGCAGAGGCAAUUGAGAAGGGAGAGACAGACCCGUCAUCUGUAGGAAAGCGGAUUAUAUUGCCUCCUUCCUUUACAGGAGGUCGUCGUUACAUGUUUAAUAAUUGUCAGGAUGCCAUGUCAAUUUGCAAAAAGUUUGGGUACCCUGAUCUUUUUAUUACAGCAACAUGUAAUUCACAAUGGGGGGAAAUUCAAAGGUAUGUCCGUGCUAGGAAUUUGAGAGCUGAAGAUAGACCUGAUAUUUGUGUUAGAGUUUUCAAGAUGAAGCUCGAUAAUCUGAUGUCUGAUUUAAGGAAAAUCACUAUAUUUGGUCCUGUUGAUGCAGGUAUGUAUACAGUAGAGUUUCAAAAACGUGGAUUGCCACACGCGCACAUUCUUCAAUGGUUGAAACCCCAGUACAAAUUGAUAACCGGAGAGGACAUUGAUAAAUUCAUUUCAGCUGAGCUUCCUGACCCGCAGUUGUAUCCAAAGCUUUACAAGGCCGUUUCCUCCUUCAUGAUCCACGAUCCGUGUGGGGUUAUUGAUCCAAAGUGUACAUGCAUGGUUGAUUUUUACCCAGUUAUUAAACUGAAAUGA